AUGCAUAAUAAAUGUAUAAAAUAUAAAUUUUUUAAACUAAAAUUUUAGUAAAGAAUUUGUGGAGUUUGGCUGAUUUCUUUAGAGCAAAUUUUCGGAUAGAAAAAAUGAUGACAUAAAUUAUUAUAUUCAUAACAGAAUUUAUCAAAUAUUUUAUGGUUUAUCUCUGUAUUUAUGUAUUUGGAAAUAUUUAUAUUAAUAACAUAAUGAAAUGGAUGUAAUUGAUCAUCUUGAGAAUGCUUAUUUAGAUGGUGGAAUGUGGUAAGAUAUAAAAUAAUUAUUUAGGUUGGGAAUUAUUUAAAUCAGAAUUAAUAGAUAGUUCAACUUUCUCCCUUUGGAAGAACUCUAACAAUUAACCAUGUUAAAAUUUAGUUUAAGUUUGUGACUUGUAACCUUUGUUGAAUUCCAAGCUUCUUUAAGGAGAUUCAUUAUUGAGUAGAAAUAUCUUAAUGACUACAUCAAGAACAUUCAGCAAAAUAAGAAUAAGUUUUGAUAUCUAUUAUAUAAAUUUCUGGAGUGUAGCAGAAUCUCUUGCUGUCUAUGCGAAUAAUUUAUUGGUUCAUUAUGAGAAACCAUAAAUAUCUCAAUUACAAGAUUACCCUUUAAGAUUCUGUGUUUAAAGGCCUUUUGGAAAAUCAUAUGCUGAAAAAUUCUCACGUAUAGAUUAGGAAAUAUCAUUUAAUGAUCCUAAUUUAAACAUAGAAAUUAUUCAUGAGGGAGUUUCAACAGGUACGACCAGUGAAUAUGGAAUAAGCAAUUUUGUAUUAUAAGUAUUCUUUUGUGAGGAUAAAUGUGAAGAAUGUGAUGAACAUUUAUGUCUAAUAUGUAAAAAAGGAUUUCAAUUAAUUAAUAACUAAUGUGUAUGUCAUCCCUAUAAACAAUAUUUAUACUAUAAUCCUGAUUUGACAUGUGUUGACGAAUGCCCUCUUAAUUAUGUAUCAGAUGAUUAAAGAAUAUGUUAAUAAUCUCUUGUUAGUACAGUUUACUCUGAUCUUGAUGAAGAUACAUUUAGUUCUUAUAAAUUUAAAUUUGUUGCUGAUAAAUAUUAUAGCGUUAAUAAAUAAAUGAUUAAUAUGGUUGGAUCAAAGUCUAUAGCAGGUAUGUUUUCAAAUACAGAUUCUGUCAUAUUUGAUGACGUCAACUUACAGCCUAAUUUUAAAUAUAUCAUCUAAUUUAAACUAUAUAUUACUAACAAAAUAUCAAAGUUGUUACCUGAAACUAUAUUAAUACUAUUCAACUAAUAUGUUGUUGUCUAUAUUGAGGAUUUCAACUAAAUUUAUCUCAACUCUCCAAUUACAAAAUCAACUACUGUAGGAUUACCAUAAAAAUGCUCUAUUAUACAAUUUUCAUCAUGUGUAUCAUAUGAAAUUACAAUUCAAGUUGAAUUAACAGAAUUAGUAACAGAAUUAAUGUUUAAAACUAAAUUUUAGUUGAAUACCUAUUAAAGAACAUGGGGAUUUCGAGAUUUAAAAAUUUCUUAAUAUGAAAUAAAUUCAAGUUUCUUUUAAUGUGAGAAUAAUUGUUAAACUUGUCAUCAAUCAUAACUUAGUGUUUGUUUAUCUUGUUCUGGAAGUUUAAAAUUAUUUAAUGGUAAUUGCAUUUCUUAAUGUCCAAGUUAUACAACAGUAAAAGAAAAUGUUUGUUAUGAUCCAGCUAUUACUUCAUUUAAUGAUAAAUAUCUUUUAAAUAUGUAUCAUGAUAUGAAUUACUAUCCCUAAAAUAACAUGACUUUUCCUUAAUAACAAUUAGGUACUUCCUAUUUCAUGAACCGUAUAAUCUUAGGAGGAAUUGGAAUUUGGUAGAAUGAAUAAAUUCAUUACGAAUUUAGUCAUGAAAAAUUGUUUUAUAAGGUGAAAGUGUAAUUCAUGUUAUUAUUUAUUGAUUCAACAAAUGGAUAGAUCUUAUUUCGAACAAGUAUCAACAAUGAAUUAUCAUAAUAUAAUAUGUUUGGUAGUAGCACUUCAGUAGAUAAUUAAGUUGGUUAACCUUAUGUUGAAAUGGUUUAGAGUGUAUCAUAUGUAAAAUCUUUUGAAUCUACCAACAAACUGAAGGUUCAAUUGUAAUGCCUUUAAGGCAUAGACACUCAAGCAUAUUGUGGUGUCUAUGAUUUAAGAAUAAUUGUUUCUAUUUGUUAGGACAAAUGCUUAAAAUGUGAUGAAAAUGGAAAUUGCAUCAAUUAAAUCGAUACAAUAAGCACCAAUAUUAAUGGAUGCAAAGAUGGAUAUUAUAGAUUAGAAAAUUAAUGUAUCUAAUGUACUUAAGGAUGUACUCUAUGCACAGAUAUGAAUGUAUGUUAGGCAUGUGAAUCUGGUUAUGAAUUUAAAUUCAAUUCUUGUUUUUGUUCUAAAGUAAAAGAAAGAAUCGAUUAUUGUGAAUAGAAAAAUUGUUUUCAUAAUUGCUAAACUUGUACCAACACAAUAUAAAACUAUGGAAUUUUCAGAUAAUAACAUCCUAAGAAUUGUUUAUCUUGUGAUGAAUCAAAAAACUUAUGGUUAAAUGUAAAUUAAUGUAGUUGUUUGGAUGGAUAUUAUAUGGAAGAUUUUAGUUGUUAUUUAUGUUAACCAACUUGUUUGAAAUGUUAUCAAUAGGCUAGAACUUGUACAGCAUGUCAUCUUGGAUAAAAUAGAAUUUUAGAAAGAGAAUCAUGUCGAUGUUUAGAUGGUUAUUUUUAAGAAGAUAACGAUUUAGUUUGUAGUAAAUGCAAUGACUUAUGUUAAAAUUGUAAUUUUACAAAGGAUUAAUGUAAUUCAUGUUAUUCUAGUUAGAAUAGAAAAUUACAUAUGGAUUCAUGCAUAUGUAAGGAUGGAUAUUAUGAUGUUGGUGAUUUAAAUUGUAAAAGUAUCAAAUAAUUUAUUAAUUUUAGAAUGUCCUUCACAUUGUCAAACAUGUUUGAAUGAAAAAACUUGUAUUACUUGUAAUGAAGAUUAAUAUAGAAUAUUAAGCAUAGAUAAUGAAACUUGUAUUUGUUAAUCUGGUUAUUUUAAUUUAAACUUUUAAGAUACAUGUGGAAGUAUGCAUUUUAUUUGAUGAUUAGAGUGUCAUACAAGUUGUUUGGAAUGUAAAUUAAAUAGUAAGUAAGAAUAAUGUACAAGAUGUCCUAGCACAAGAGUACCUAAGUUUAAAGAUAAUGGAGGUGAUACAAUUUAAUUUGAAUGUAAAUGUAGAAGGGGAUAUUAUGAAUCUUAUAAUUAAGAAUGUUCUAAUUGUGCAGAUUAUUUGAAUCCACCCACAAAUCAUUAUUGCUAUUCAAAUUGUGGAGAUAGUAUUGUUUAAUGGAAUGAAGAUUGUGAUGAUGGUAAUAAUAUAGAUAGAGAUACUUGUUAUAAAUGUUUACAUGGUAAUUCUUUUUGUUUUGAUUAUACUUGCACUGAAUGUUUAGCAGGAUAAUGUAUAGGUUGCAUUGAUGGAUUUUAUUUAACUUAAGAGUAUAUUUGUUAACCUUGUAAUUCAAGUUGUAAGACUUGUGUUGAUAGGGCUAAUAAUUGCACUGAUUGUAUAAUUUAUAAAUAAGAUAAUUCUGGAUGUUUGAUGUGUGAAUAAGAUUAAGGAUUCCAUAUAAUUGAUUCUUAAUGUAUUUCAAUCUGUGGAGAUGGCAUUCAAGUUGAAUAAGAGGAAUGUGAUGAUGGCAAUAUAGUAAAUGGAGAUGGAUGUGAUUAAUUUUGUAAGAUUGAAUAAGGUUUUAAAUGUGGAUCUAAUUGUGAAGAAAUGUUAUAUCCUCAAAUUGUUUUUGAGGUAAAUGAAUCAAAUAACAAUUUUGAUAAAGAAAGACUAAUUAGAAUAAAAACAGAUUCAGUAAUAUCUAUCACUGGUAGUAUCAAUUCCAUAAUUAAUUUCAAAGUAAACAAUUGUGAUGAAUACGACCUUACUUAUGUGGAUUUAACUCAAUAUUCUGAUAAAUUCACUUAGUUAUUUUUAGAGUUAACUUUGAUUUUCAAAGAAUCCGUACAAGAUCCAGAAUUAGUUUGCUAGAUUAUCAAUCAAAAUGCUAUCUUCAAUUAAGAUGGAAACUCUUUUAUAGAAAAAAACUAUAUGAUCUAAUUAAAAGAAUAUAAUCAACCUUCUGUUUUAAAUUAAUAAGUAACUGAUGGAUUAAUGAAGUUAAGUAGGUAUGUACUUUAUUUACUAUUUGGAUUUGCGAUAAUAGCAUUUCUAUUUGGAGGAUUGAAUAUAUUCUGGAAUCUUUUGGAUGUCUUGCAAUUAAUAUCCUAUCUCAAAUUUUUUAAUGUUUAUUAUCCUUACAAUCUAAACAAUUAUUUAACAAUUUUUGGAUUUGCUCAAUUUGAUUUCUUAAAAGAUUAUAUAGAUUUAGAAACCUUGAUUAGUUAAUAUGUGAACACUCCUGACGCAGAACCUAAAUUUAGAGAUGAUGGCUAUUCCACUGUGUUCUAUGUGAAUAUAAUUACAGUUUUAACUGUAUUUAUGACAACUAUUGUUACUUACAUAGCAUGCACAGUAUUAUUAUCAACAUUAACUAAAUUUUCACAUUCCUUUAUUUAUGUUCCACUUAACUCACAAGAACAAAGCAUAUGCACAUUUUUUGUAUAUAGAGUAAUAAGAAAUCUCUAUAUUCAAUUGAUGCGUUUCAAAAAAGCAUUUACAUCUGGAGUUAUUAGAACCUUUAUGGCUGUGGCUUUUGAUUACAACCUUGCUUUGUUUCUUUAAUUGAAGGAUUUUGAUUUAAGUGAUCCAAUCCUCUUCACAAGCUUUCUCUGUUGUCUAGUAGCUUUUGCAAUAGAACUUAUAUUUAUCUCCAUAGCUAUUAAUUUCAUGUCUAAACCAACAUUUGUAUUCAAAUAAAAAUUUAACGUUAAUUAUUUUGGAGCUAUUUAUGAAGGUAUUAAAUUAAAAUAAAAUCCAUUUACCUAUUACUUCAAUAUUAUAUUAUUGGUGAAAAAAAUGCUAUUUAUGAUGUUCUUGGUUAUGUUUUAUUCAUCUCCUUGUCUAUAAAUUGGAUUAGUUUCUCUUCUUAAUAUUGUUAUGGCUCUAUACUUAAUAAAAAAUUAACCUCUUAAAGACAAAGAUGAAUAUUAAAAAUAAGUAGGUUCCGAAAUUUUAAUUUGGUUUGCUGAAAUGCUUAUAUUAGCUUUUGCUAUUAAUGAACAAACAAAUUCCCUUACUGAAGACUCAUAACUUAUAAUUGGAUGGUGUGUAAUUACUUUAACUUCCACUUUAAUUCUUUUGUAAUUAUUUAUUGAUGUCAAAUAACAUGUAAAUUUCUUAAUUAAUGAAUAUUCCAUCAUUAAGAAAUUAAUCUAAAAACUAAAAUAAAUUAUUUAUAAAAAACCACCUUUAGAAGAAUAAAAUAUUUUCCUCAAAUAAAGAAGAAGAAUGGGAAUUGAAAAUUUAACCACUCAAAGUAAUAUCAUGACUAAUUAACUAAAAACUCUCAGUAAUUAUAAAUAUGGAAGAAUGGUAACAUUUACUGUCAGUUCCAGUAGUAGCUGAUGAUAUCUAAAUCUUU